AUGGCAUCGGCAAUGGCUACUAAAUUUUUGACUGAUCGUGUUGCUCUUGUAACAGCUUCUACUAAAGGUAUCGGAUUUGCUAUUGCAAAACAAUUGGGAGCCGCUGGAGCUUCAGUAGUUGUUUGCAGUCGGAAGGAGAAAAAUGUUAAUGUAAGUCACUUUUCAUUCUUUUUAUUACUUAAAAAAACAUUUAAUGAAUUUAGGAAGCCGUUGCUGCACUUCGUUUAGAAGAUAUCGACGCUCAUGGAACAACCGCAAAUGUUGGUAAAAAAGAGGAUCGAACACGGUUAAUCGAUUUUACAUUGGAUAAAUUCACAAAACUCGAUAUUCUUGUAUCAAACGCAGCGGUGAAUCCACAUUAUGGAGAUCUUUUGAGUAUCGAAGAUUCACAAUGGGACAAAUUAUUGGAUUUAAAUGUAAAAUCAGCAUUUGAGUUAACAAAAGAGGCUGUUCCACAUUUAGAAGCAUCUGGAAGAGGAAAUAUUGUUUUUGUUUCUUCUGUCGCUGGUAAUUUUUUGUUGAAAAUGUAUGAUUCCCCCAAAAAUCUCAUUUUUUCAGGCUAUUCUCCAAUGAACGAUAUCGGCGCAUAUUCAGUGAUGAAAACAACAUUAACCGGUUUAAGCAAAUCAUUGGCUUUGAAUUUGGCACGUAGAAAUAUUCGAGUUAACACAAUUGCACCAGGCAAGUGACCUUUGAUUAUCAUUUAACAAACAACUGUUUUCAUUGAAUCGAAAAAGUUAGCCAAAUGAUAGAUGUUUAAUGCAUUCAAAAAAAGUCUCGAGGAACAAUUCGUCAUGUGCUUUUCCUCGCAAAAAGUUUUUUUUAGUAAAUAAGUCAACCGAAUUUUGUAAAAAGCACGAGCCACUGUGCAAAUAAAAGCUUUCAUUGCAAAGAUAAAAAGUUCAAGAUAUUUUUUUUCAGGGAUUAUUCGAACCGAUUUUUCACAAGCCUUGUUUUCCGACGAAACCGAAAAACAAAAAUGGUUAUCUCAAAUUGCACAAAAUCGAUUUGGAGAACCUGAAGAAUGCGCGGAUGCUGUCGCAUUUUUGGUUAGUUUUUUUGGGGGAAGACAUUUUAUUGCUGACGUUCUUAUCACUUCACGAAAUCAUUCGAUAGGAAUGUUUUCGGGUGCAUUAGAAGAAAAAAAGAUAUGAUUAAUGAGGCGUUUUUGAUCUCCGAAACAUAAUUUUUCGAUGAAAGAGAACUCGUGGAUUUCAGGUUUCUGAUGAAGCCAGUUACAUUUCUGGUGAAACAAUCGGUAUCAAUGGUGGUAUGCAAGCCCGAAUCUAA